AGGUAAGCGGAACUCCAUGUAUGGAGCGCGAGUCUACUGCGUCACUGGUGUCAGUGCCACUGCGGAGCCGCCACUGAAACAAGUGCGGCGUCAAAACCAUCACUUGUCUGCCUGGAAUAACGAUGGCGCUCCUCUGGAGGAAUAUCGUCUUCACCCUGGUGGCCUUCUCUGACACACUCUGGCUCUGCCACUCUUUCAAUGUUGGAACAUCAGGAGCCAAGAUUUUCAGCGGCCCAGCACCAGAAGAGUUUGGCUACACUGUUCAACAAGCCACCAAUCAUGAGGGGAAGUGGUUGCUGGUCGGUGCUCCGUGGAGCGGUUACAAACAAAAUAGGAAAGGUGAUAUUUACAAAUGUCCAGUGUCCGGAGCCAGGAACACCUGCGACAAGCUCAACAUUCCCGACUCGGUGAAUAUUCCUGAUGUCAGAAAUGUCAAAGACCACAUGUCUCUGGGUUUGACUCUGACCAGAAUGCCCACUGUCAACCGAAUGUUGACAUGUGGCCCUCUGUGGUCACAGCUCUGUGGAUCUCAGGACUUCUACCCAGGAGUGUGCGUGACACUGAGUCCACUGUUCCAGCCUCAGCCUGCCUUCUCUCCUGCUGUCCAGAAUUGCGGUGGACCGAUGGAUAUCGUUAUCGUCCUGGAUGGAUCCAACAGUAUCUAUCCGUGGGAACCGAUGAACACCUUCCUGCAGAAACUUAUAUCAUCACUGGACAUCGGACCUCAAAGCACCCAGGUCAGUGUGAUCCAGUAUGCUGUCGACCCUCAUUUUGAGUUCACACUCAACCAGUACAGGACCAAAGAGCAGAUGUUAGAAGCAGCCUCCAAAAUCACUCAGAAGUACGGCCACUCCACCAAUACCUUUGAAGCUAUCCGAUAUGCCAGUCAGUGGGGUUUCCAUCAAAGCAGAGGGGGCCGGCCUGGUGCUGCUAAGGUGAUGGUGGUGGUCACAGACGGAGUGUCACACGAUGGAGCACUUCAUGCUGAUGUCAUUGGUGAAUGCGAAAAAAAGGGAAUCACCCGUUUUGGUAUUGCGGUGCUGGGCUACUACAACAGAAACCAGAAAGACACUAAAGACCUGGUCAAAGAAAUCAAGUUGAUCGCCAGUUCGCCAACUGACAAGUUCUUCUUCAACGUGUCUGAAGAAGCCGCACUCUCCACCAUCGCUGGCACACUGGGGAGCCGCAUCUUCAAUAUUGAGGGCACUGGAAAAGGUGGAGACAACUUUAACAUGGAGAUGGCUCAAGUGGGUUUCAGUGCCCACUACUCCAGUAAACGGGGCGAGAUGCUGCUGGGAGCUGUGGGUGCUUAUGCCUGGAGCGGGACUGUCGUUCAUCGUUCGGGCUCCAGCUCUCACACUCUUCCUUUCUCAGAUUUCGAGGGGACGCUGCAGGACAAAAACCACAGUUCGCUAUUAGGCUACUCCGUCACCUCUCUGACCGACGGGUCGAUGGAAUACUUUGUGGCGGGCGCUCCCCGCUCCAACCACUCCGGUCAGGUCAUUGUCUACACCGUCAACUACCGAAAGCAGCUGGAAGUUAUCGAUUCUGAGCGAGGGAAACAGAUUGGCUCAUACUUUGGAAGUGUCAUGUGCCCUCUGGAUGUGGACAAAGACGGGGUGACGGACCUGCUGCUGGUCGCUGCUCCCAUGUUCAUGAGCAAGCAGAAGAGAGAGCAAGGACGUGUCUACCUCUUUCAUGUCACCAAGGGAGUCCUGACGGAGCAGGGGUUCCUUGAAGGUCCGGCAGCCAGUGAGAACGCACGGUUUGGGAUGUCCAUCUCUGCCGCUCCUGACCUCAACAUGGACGGCUUCAAUGACGUGGUCGUCGGUGCUCCUCUGGAGGACAAUCAGCAAGGUGUCAUCUACAUCUACAAUGGGAAGAAGAAGAUGUUAAACAAAAAGUUCUCACAGAGAUUACUUGGCUCCCAAAUGAAACCUAAGAUUCGGUAUUUUGGACGAUCGCUGGACAGCUCCGAGGACCUGAACGGGGAUUCACUGCCCGACAUUUCGGUCGGUGCGUACGGAGACGUAGUGCAGCUGUGGUCUCGACAUGUCGCAUCUGUCAAAGCAACCGCCUCCUUCACACCAAACAAAAUCAACAUUUUCGACAAGCCUUGUGAUGUCAACGGACGAAAGCUGCCGUGUUUCAACACCAACCUCUGUUUCUCUGCAACCUUCAGACCUAAAGUCCCCACAGCUGCCGUCGAUUUCUCCUACACUCUGACCCUGGACGCGGACUUGCAGGCGUCUCGAGUUACAUCAAGAGGACUUUUUAAAGAGAGCAAUGAACGCCUACUGACGGGGAAUGAGAAAAUAUCAAACUCUCCUCUCUGCAGGAACGUGGAGGUUUACGUUCAGGAGACUCCAGAUUUUAUCAACUCACUUAGUCUCAAAGUGGAAAUCCAGCAGGAUCGUCCAGAUAUGAAUCCAGUCCUGGACAUGUUCUCACCGGCCGCUUGGGAAUUCUUUAUCCCCUUCACGAAGGACUGCGGCACAGAUGAAGUGUGUGUGAAUGACCUGGUGCUGAAGGUGACGACUGACACAAAGGCCUCAAACUCUGCGCCGUUCCUGGUCAGUGCUAACAACCGUGAGCUGUUGUUUGAAGUGGAUGUGAAGAACAAAAAAGAGAAGGCUUACAACACUCAGGUGUUGGUGUCUUUCUCCAGCAACCUCUACUACUCCUCUGUCUAUCCUCCGGUUGAAGGUGUCAAAUGUGCUGCCACUCAACCACAGCUGGUCACAUGUCAGGUGGGCUAUCCAGCUCUGAAGGAAGAGCAGCAGAUGAAAUUCAUCAUGAACUUCGAGUACAACAUUGAUCACCUGCAGAGGCAAGUGGAAGUGAACUUCGAGGCUAAAAGCGACGGGACCGAAGAGAGACCUGCAGACAACAAAGUGACUGUGUCCUUUCCUGUACAGUACGAUGUUGGGAUCGUCUUGUCCAGGCAGGCAAACAUCAACUUCUACGUGGCUGAAUCUCCAGUUCCUGUCGCAACCGAGCUGAAGACAUUUGACGACAUCGGUCCAGAGUUCAACUUCACCGUCAAGGUUUCGACUGGACGGUUCCCAGUCAGUCUCCUGUAUCUGACCAUCAACCUGCCCAUGACCACAGCAGGAGGAAACAAGAUUCUUUAUGUGACCAGCAUAGACACUCAAGCAGGAGGAUCCAUCAGCUGUGACUCCAGUCGUCUUGUGGAUCCCCUGGAAAUUGGCAAGAAACCAAACAAAGCUUCCUUCUCGAAGGAAAGCCUGAGGGGCUACGAGAAACUGGAUUGCACGAACAGCAAGUGUGAGAAGAUUAAGUGUCUCCUGAAGGACACUGAGGUGAAGAGCGACUACUACGUGAAAAUCAAGACACGGGUCUGGAGCGGAACUUUCAUCACUGCUACGUACCAGACCACUGAACUCACCGGCAACAUUGAAAUUGAGACCUCCAACCCAGAUUUACUCAUCAUUGGCCUUAAACACCUGCCAGUAACGCUGACCAUCACUAAACCAGGGGAGACUGCUGACGUCCCAGUCGGAGUGAUCGUGGGCAGUGUGAUAGGGGGUCUGGCCCUGCUGGCUCUGGUUGUGGGUCUGCUCUGGAAGUUUGGCUUCUUCAAGAGAAAGUACAAGCAGCUCCAGAAAGACAUGGACGACGAAGGACAGAGUCGAGCCGAUGCUGAUGGAGUUCUGUGAGAGCAGACGCAGAGACCUCGAACCUUCACUGGAGUUCGACGCUGAUCACUGAAUUUUCCUCCGACUCACUGCUGCACUCUUUCUGUAUAAGGUGUAAAUUACAGAAUUGAUCAUACUACUCUGGAAUAUGGGGGGAGGAAGUGCCUGUCUGCAUGUCAGCAGUCACAUAUGGAUGUAUUUGUCUGCUUCCUUUCAGCGCGGGUGUGUUCCGUGUGCUUGUGCUGUUUUUUUUCUGUUUUUUCUGGUCUGACUUUAAAUUGCCUGCUGACCUGUGCCAGGUGUCGCCUGCCUUGCACCCUUGGUUGAUGGGAAAGACUCCAGCUUCCUAGAACCUCACAUAGAGGUUGAGCAGUAGAAAAUGAAUGAUUGAAACAUGUAGUGCUUCAGAUGGAAAACUACAGUUGGAAUUCAUCUGAACAGGUUCUUCAUCGUUCUUGUCGUAGUCUUGUCACAAAAACAAUUGAAACAUUAUUCAAACAAUCUAAUUAAUUUUCCCUCCCGGCUAUAGAAAGUCCACACCUGUGCAGCGUUGACAUAGUUGUCAGCCUGCUGCGACUGUGAAAUGGACGUCUCAAUAUCAGUAUUUAGUAAUAAGUCAGUUUAACUACAAAGAGAACUCAGCUCACCGUCAAAAAGCACAAUUUCAAGUGAACUCAGGGUUGGUAUUUUCCUAAAGGGCAAACUAAUCAUGAUGGCGAUACUCAGUAAUGUGUUUUCUACUGUCUGUGUUGUACAUAUGUAACAUAAAUCAAAUGUUUUUAGGUUUUUACAUUUUUCUUCAUUUUGAUUCAGUAUCAGUUGUGGGUUUUUUGUGCCUUUUGCCCAUUAAAA